CGUAGCUCUCAGAGAGUAGUUCUGUAGCUCGCAUCACCAGCUUAUCUUGGAGAGGCAUGUGGAUAUAAGGCGAUAACGGAAGACUGGGUGCACUGUAUGAUAUCACACUUGGCGGAGGCGUGUUCGCGGUAUCCCCGACUGUAUUUGUUUUAUUGGUCUGACCUUUACGGCAAUAUAUUAACUGUGUAACGACUCCGUUCAUUUGCGUCAGAAACUUUGAAGAUUCGACAUGGCACUUUACAGCAUCAAGAACAACCUGCAGCUGGCGACCCUGAAGACCCUCUCCCUGGUCUCCAUCAGCGUCAUGUCCCCCCAGCAGAGCGUUCAGGAGCUGUUCCGUACUGCUGACUGCGUCUGCUUCGACGUUGACUCCACCGUCAUCAGGGAUGAAGGCAUCGAUGAGCUGGCGAGGUUCUGCGGGAAAGGCGAAGAAGUUAAGAGACUGACGGCCGAGGCUAUGGGUGGCAGCAUGACGUUUCAGGAAGCCCUGAAGAAAAGAUUAGACAUCAUCAGACCGUCCGUUAGCCAAAUCAGAGAGUUCAUUGACACAUUCCCUAACCACCUCACACCUGGAGUAUCGCAACUAGUCAAGACACUACAGGAGCGCGGCGUGCAGGUUUACCUCGUGUCUGGUGGCUUCAGGUGUCUCAUCGAGCCAGUUGCUGCCCAGCUAAAUAUACCUAAAGGCAACGUCUUCGCCAAUAGACUUAAAUUCUACUUUAAUGGAGAAUACGCAGGCUUCGAUGAGACCGAGCCUACCUCCCGAUCAGGCGGCAAAGGACUCGUGAUCAGAAGACUCAAGGAACAGUUCGGCUACCAGAGGGUGAUCAUGAUCGGUGAUGGCGCCACUGACGCUGAGGCGAGCCCGCCCGCUGAUGGUUUUAUUGGUUUUGGCGGCAAUGUCCUAAGGGAGGAGGUCAGAAAGAGGGCGUCCUGGUACGUCACAGACUUCCAAGAACUCAUCGCCUCUCUCACGCUGCAAACGAAAUGAACACCACAAAUAUAGGCCAAUUUGCGUAAUGAAAAUUGUACUUUAGUUCUUCGAGCUAGAGGCCUUUUUAGAAUGUCAUUUUUAGAUUCAAGUUCUCACUAAGUAAUAUCGUACUGAACCAGUAUUAGGUAUUUAAAUUAUAGAAGCAUAUAGGCCUAUAAUAGACGCAAACCAAACUGACAACCGGGUUCGUAAAUCUUCUCAGUCACACUCGCGUGGUCGUAGGUACAGUGAGAGAGAUAGUAAUAUGACCCCGGUUGUCAGUGGUUUGCGUAUACUAUAGUAUUUUUAUAUGGUCCAAAAAUGAGUUUAUAGAAUAUUACUAUGCUUGUUUUUUGCUCUGGUUCUGAUUGUAAUGACUAAAUUUAGACAUGUUUAUUAAACACUUUACUAAAUUACUAGUAAAGUCUCGUUAUAUUUAUUGGGUGAGUAUGACAUUACUGUUUCAGUAUUGACCCACAGCAUUUUGAUAGCUCGGCCUCUGUUAAAGGAUUUGCCACACUGGAUGCGUUCUGCGGGCAGCGGUCAGGUCAAACUUCAACUUCAAAGGUUGUUCAUACUGACCGCUGACCGCAGCGCGCGUCCAGUGUGGCAAAUCCUUUAGAGCUGAUUUCGAUUGUGACGUAAUAAAAAAAAAAGUGUGAUGGUAUUUUGAGUACAAAGAGUUGAAUGCUUUAUUUUUAGAUCAAUAUUUAAGGGACUUAGUCCCGUUCGAUGUUUUGUACAGAUAUGAUAUAUUAAUUAAAUUAAAUUAGGUUAAUACUUGUAAAUAAUUAUUUAGGUUAAUUCAUGGUGCUUCCAUAAAAGUAUCAGAUGUUAUAACGUUAUUAAUAAGAAUAAUAUUUUAAAAUUUGUAUAUUCAUAGCUAUUUUGAAUUGGUUAAUAAUUUAGUACCUUUUCUUUCAAGGAGAAGUGAUUUAAUUUUUAUAGCUUAACAUUGCAUGUUAUAUUGUUAUUGUGACUUAUUUAUUUAUUUACUCAGAUUUUAACAUGGUUGCCUGCUGCAGAUAUGCAGUUCGUUACGUAAACUAAAUGACUACCUGUAACGUAUACGUUUAAUGGAUAAUGGCAAAAUAUGGCUGUGUACUUCAGAAUUAAAAGAUAUGUUGAGUUUA